AAAGUGUUUAUCGUGUACAGGUUUGUUGUUAUUUACAAACUUUUGAGUGUGUGUUAUUGUGCAAGAGAGAGUCAGAAUUAACCGGGACAACAGUUUGAUAACAAAAGUUUCUAUCAAAGCAGUAAAAAUGGCUGAAGCUGAGCAAGAGAAUUCUGAACGUGGAGAUGGUGAUACUGUUAAGUCUGAUAAGUUAUUUACAUUAAAAAAAUGGAAUGCAGUUGCCAUGUGGAGCUGGGAUGUUGAAUGUGAUACUUGCGCGAUUUGCAGAGUUCAAGUUAUGGAUGCGUGUUUGCGUUGUCAAGCGGAAAGUAAAAAGGACUUCUAUGGAAGGCAGGACUGUGUGGUCGUCUGGGGAGAGUGUAAUCAUUCUUUUCAUUAUUGCUGCAUGUCACUUUGGGUGAAACAAAAUAAUCGCUGUCCACUUUGUCAGCAAGAAUGGUCAAUUCAACGCAUGGGCAAAUAAAAUAUUUUUUUUCCACCAACCAAAUGAGAUCGUCACUUUCAAUAUUCCAACGAAUCAGCCAUUUUUUUCUACACACCUUGCAAGAAUAUGAACACCUUCUACCGGUAUAGUUAAUUUUUUUUUUAUAUUUAUAAAUAAGAUUAAUUAUAAUUAUUCGAUACUGGAAACAUGAUGUCAUUCCAUAUCGUAUAGUAUCUCUGCAACAUAUUGUUAAAAUUAAUGAUCAAAGGAUAUUAAUUUAUGUCUAGUAAUUAUACAAAAGAGGAAUAAUAUUUCCUUUCUGAGUUGAGAUUGAAACUCAUCGUAUUGGUAUAAAUAUUUUUCAAAAAAGUAGAAUAUAUUGUAAUUUUUUAUGAACGAAUUUGUUUUCAACUUUUGACACUUGACGAAACUUUAGCAAUAUUGAUGAUAGAAUUUUUUUUGAAAAUAAAUUGUUUACUAGGAAAA